AUGCUCGUGAAUAUAUUAUUCAUUUGUGGUGCUAGUUUGGCCGUAGUUCAUACCUUUGAAGAUAAACAAAUAUCACAAUGGUUGGCGGUCAAUAGCUACAGCACAUGUGUCAGUCUUUUAAAACAGGCAGGACUUUACGAUAUAUUCAAUGGACCAGGAGCUUACACCAUGUUUGCGCCAUCAAAUGCAGCCUUCAGUAAAGUGCCUCAGAGUACGUUAAAUUCUCUUGUAUCUGAUAAAGCACUGUUAGUAUAUGUCCUCAAAAAUGAUCUGUUACCAGGGUUUGCGAUGACUACUUCUUUACGUGAUGGAAGAAAUGUUACUUUACUUGCGCCAACAAACGAUUCCUUCCUUACAGUAAGUCCAAGUCUUCCAGACCUUUCCCUUCCUGAAUCAUUAGACGUAUAUAAAAAAAUUCUGCGGAACCAUGUCGUAAAUGGUGUUUUCCGCUCAAAUGCGCUUCAUAGCGGAGAGGUUGUCAUCGCUUUAGGUGGAAGAACUUUACAUAUCAGCAUCAACUCAAACGGUGUGUUAGUUACACCUACUGGAUCGAGAACCACGGGAAAUUUGACAGAACCUGACGUGCCAGCCAUCAACGGUUUGAUACAUGUGGUCAACAAUGUUCUUAUUCCACAUGUCUGCCGUACUUCUGUGAUGUCUAGUAAAAAGAUAACUUCGUUCUUUAAGAGGGCGUCUAUGACUGACAGCGGGCUGCCCGUACCAGAGACACCGGAGGAGACUUUAGCCAAUAAGUUGGUUGAAGAUGCCACUGAUCGUGCUAGUACAUCUGGAAAACGUCCAGAAAAUAAAUGCGGAGAAUAA